AUGAGAAACACUCUCGUAUUCCCGGGCAGCUCGUGCCCAGUCCUCACCGGCAAGAUAUGCGAGAACCUGGGCAUGGCUCCUGCUGAGGCGGAGCUGUCUCAAUUUGCCAAUGUUGGUGCUCCCCUCACGCACAGGCUGAGACUCGAUUCAGCCAUGCCACCUCUCCCGAGAAGGCUGCAGGCGCUGUCACGGGCAGGCCCUGGGACUUUUGGCGAGACAAGCGUCAAGAUUCUGAAUAGCGUACGCGAAAAGGAUGUUUUCGUCGUCCAGUCAGGCAGCCCUCACAUCAACGACACCAUUAUGGAGCUUUUGAUCAUGAUCUCGGCAUGCAAAGGAGGGUCUGCAAACAAGAUCACAGCCGUCAUGCCCUACUUCCCCUACAGUCGGCAAUCCAAGAAAAAGUCACACCGGGGCGCCAUCACGGCCAGGAUGCUCGCCAACCUCCUUGGCGUGGCGGGUGUCAACCACGUCGUCACUGUCGAUCUUCAUGCCUCGCAGAUGCAAGGCUUCUUCCGCUGUCCUGUGGACAAUCUCCAUGCGGAACCGCUGAUCGCUCGCUGGAUCCGCCAUAAUGUUCCCAACUGGAAGGAAGCAGUUGUUGUGUCCAAGAAUGCCGGCGGUACCAAGCGCGUCACCUCGCUAGCCGACGCCCUGAAGCUCAACUUCGGUAUGGUCACAACGGAUCGGCGCAGAGGAAAUAACAUGUCGGCAAGCAUGAUAUUGAAUCACUUGGACGGCUUCGAUGAACAACCUAUCCUGGAUGCUCACACCCCACCGAAGCAACGUCCCGCCGAAGACAGCACAGCUGCAAGACCAGACCGCCGGGCUCCUCGAACUGUCACAGAUUCGCAAGGCUCUCCUCAACGAGUCAAUGGAUUGUCAAUGCGCACUGCUGAUGGUCGGCGCUCGUCAUCACAUGCUCACCAUGCUCAUCACGCAGGUUCUCCUGCCGCCGAGACAGAAGAGGAUCAUGAGUACAAUGACAGACGCGCUCACGAGGUCACGCACGGCCGUCUGGUCCAAGGGCACAUCGUCGAGGACGAUUUCUUCCCUUCCCCAGAAGGUUCAACCGCUGAUACCAGCAUCCCAGAGGAAGACCCAAUGACCAUGUCGCACGCCUCCUCAUUCUUCCGUCCCGAGCCUCACGCGCUUGGUGGAUCCGGUGAUGCUGAGGAGAGCUCUGACGAAGAAGAUAAGCUCAAGGACCCAAAGAUCGAGCACAUGAUCACCCUAGUUGGUGAUGUUAAGAACCGUACAGUACUGAUCAUCGACGACAUGAUUGAUAAGCCAGGGUCCUGGAUCGCUGCUGCCGAGACUGUCGUCAAGAGGGGCCUGGCUAAGAAGGUCUACUGCAUCGCCACUCAUGGCGUUUUUGGCGGCGACUGUCUGCAACAGAUGCAAGCCUGCGACUGCAUAGACUCGAUUGUCGUCACCAACAGUUACCCCAUCAGCGAGGAAAAGGCAAGGCAUACCGGCAAGCUGGUCGUUAUAGACCUGUCAUACCUGCUGGCCGAGGCCAUUCGCCGAAAUCACUUUGGCGAGUCCAUCUCACCACUGUUCCAGCAUAUCGCGGAUUAG